AUGUCUAUCCCAACUACUCAAAAGGCCGUGAUCUUCGAAACCAACGGUGGUCCAUUGGAAUACAAGGAUAUUCCAGUUCCAAAGCCAAAGCCAAACGAAUUGUUGAUCAAUGUCAAGUACUCUGGUGUCUGCCACACUGAUUUGCACGCCUGGAAGGGUGACUGGCCUUUGGACACCAAAUUGCCUUUGGUGGGUGGCCACGAAGGUGCAGGUGUCGUUGUUGCUUUGGGUAGCAACGUCAAGGGAUGGAAAGUCGGUGACUAUGCUGGUAUCAAGUGGUUGAACUCCUCUUGUAACAACUGUGAGUUCUGCCAGACCACCAACGAGUCCAACUGUCCAGAUGCUGACUUGUCUGGUUACACCCACGACGGUUCGUUCCAGCAAUACGCUACUGCUGAUGCUAUUCACGCUGCCAAGAUUCCUCAGGGAACCGACUUGGCUCUUGUUUCUCCAAUCUUGUGUGCUGGUAUCACCGUGUACAAGGCAUUGAAGACUGCCAACUUGAAGGCUGGCGAGUGGGUCGCUGUCUCUGGUGCUGGUGGAGGAUUGGGUUCCUUGGCCAUCCAGUACGCCACUGCAAUGGGUUACAGAGUUGUUGGUAUUGACGGAGGUGCUGAAAAAGGCGAGUUUGUCAAGUCUUUGGGCGCAGAGGCCUUUGUCGACUUCACGCAAUCCAAGGACAUUGUUGCUGACGUCAAGAAGGUUACUAACGGUGGACCAAAGGGUGUUAUCAACGUUUCUGUCUCCGAGAAAGCCAUCAGUCAAUCUGUUGAGUACGUAAGAUCUACUGGUACCGUUGUUUUGGUCGGUUUGCCAGCUGGUGCCAAGGUCACUGCUCCUGUGUUCGACUCUGUCGUCAAGUCUAUCAGCAUCAGAGGCUCUUACGUUGGUAACAGAGCCGACUCUGCUGAAGCCAUUGAGUUCUUCACCAGAGGCUUGAUCAAGUGUCCAAUCAAGAUUGUGGGCUUGUCUGAAUUGCCAAGUGUCUACAAGUUGAUGGAAGAGGGCAAGAUCUUGGGCAGAUACGUCGUUGACACUUACAAGUAA